UGCGCCAGGUGAGCGCCAUGUUCCGGGGCUGAGCCCGGCCGGGAUGCGGCGCCCAGGGGCGGCGGGGCCCGGCGGCCGCCUCCUCCUCCUCCUCCUCCCGCGGGGGGCUCUGCUGCUGCUCGGUGUCUGCAAUGCCCUUUCCCUGGAAAUUAAAGUCAAUCCUAAAGUCCGAGCUUUUGUGGGCGAGCAGGCGCUGCUGAAAUGCUCCUUCAGAUCCAGCUCCCCCAUCACCGAGAGCCUGCUGGUGGACUGGACCUACCGGCCCCUCGCUGGGGGCCAGAUGGAGACAAUUUUUCACUAUCGCUCCGUCCCACACCCCACAACAGCGGGGAGGUUCAAGGACAGGAUCAUCUGGGUUGGGAACGUUGCUAACGGCGAUGCCUCCAUCGCCAUCCAAAGCCCGGAGCUCAGCGACAACGGGACAUUCAUCUGCAGCGUGAAGAACCCUCCAGAUGUUUAUCACAACAUCCCCCAGACCGUGCUGCUGGUGACAGAGCGGGGCCUGGCCUUCCAGCUGAGCUCAGCAGCUCUGCUCUCCAUCCUGGUGUUCCUCCCUUCUGCCCUCGUGGUCGUCCUGCUGCUGGUGAGGAUGGGGAGGAAAUUCCGGCUGCUGAAGGAGAAAGGAAAAUAUGGCUACAAGAAAUCCUCCAUUGAAGUGUCUGAUGAGCCUGAGCGCCCAGACAGGGCUGGCUGCGGGGGGAAGCUCAAGGAGUGGUGCCUGAACUGCGUGGACACGGAUGAGGAAGAUCCCUACUGACCAAAGCUGUGCAAAAAGACCAAAAUUACAGCACUGAAAAUCCUGGUUAGACCCUUCCAGAGGCUGCUGGGUGACCAGUGCAGACUGAAGGACACGAUCUGCUCUCAGUGGAUUGGAGGAAUAAUGCUGAUGGGAUAAUUCACUUCCAUUUAAACACAAAAUAAUGAUGUUCUAAAAAUCUUUCUAAUUUAUUGGGGAAAAGAAAAUCUCUCGCCCUCGGAUCUGCGGGGCCCAGAGAAGCCUCAGUGCCCACAGUGCCAAUGUGCCUUGAUUUUCCUGCAAGCUGCUUUGGUUCAUUGGUUUGGUUUUUUGGUGACAUCCCUCUUUUCCUGAGCCCUGGAAACCCAACUUUUUUGAAGAAAAAGCUGCUCCAGCUCUCUGGGCACUGCCAAGGUUUGUUCUCAGGAUUUUUUGGAACAUACUGACUCACAGCAGUUUGAUGAAGUGAUACCUGGCAUCCUCUGUGCUGGAGUGAAGAGAACCUACUGCUUUUGAAGUAUUUUUUAUUAUUCAGCUGCACCACUGGGUAUUGCUCCUUCUACCUGUAGAAGCGAAGCACAAUUCAUAGAAAACAAUUUUAUUUUCUUCUUUUUUGAAAUCAGAAAUGCAAAUGGGGACUCUGUUUCUGGGGACACACAACCCCAUCUACCUCAGCCAUGGACUCAAGCACUGCCAAAGGAAUGUUCUGGUUGCAGUAGUUGUUUUCUUCCUCCCUUCUUCUAGGACCUGCUUUAGGGAAAUGGUUAAUUGUGAAGCAAUUACUUCCCCUUGGUGGUGAAGGGCAUUUCCUCUUUCACCAGCCUUAUCCACCCAUGAAUGGCAGACAGCAGUGGGAUUCAUUCACUCAAUCCCUAAAAAGCUGCUUUCUUUCUGUAUCACUCAAAUAUUCUCCUUUUACAGUCGUGCUCCAGGUUUACUGCGGAUUUUGCUGUGCAAUUACCAAUAAAUUCCAUUAUUCCAUUCUGGGCUGCGCAUCUGUUUAUUUGGCUAAAUACAGCUGGACUCAUAAAACUGCCAUCCUGAGGUGUAAAAAUUGUCAUUUGAUGAUGGGUGAAGG